AUGGUCGGAAUCACGGACCUGGCUCAGGCCAAUUCCGAGACCCAGAAGCGCUGGAUCCGGCAGGUCGUGGUCCAUGAAUAUUAUACCAGCGCCUCCAGCGGCUUCGACAUCGCCUUGCUGGAGCUGGACCAGCCGGUGCGGUGCGGGUACCACGUGCAGCUCGCCUGCCUGCCCGAUGCGACGCUCAGGGUAUCCCAGCUGUCCGAGUGCUUCGUCAGCGGAUGGGGCGCGAGGGGGAGGCCAGAAGUGACGGGGGCAUCGUCCCCAUCAGCCCUGCAGGAGGCCAAGGUCCGCCUCAUCGAUGUCAACCUCUGCAACAGCAGCCAAUGGUACCGCGCGGCCAUCAAGAGACACAGCCUCUGCGCUGGGUACCCGCAGGGUGGCAUCGACACCUGCCAGGGUGACAGCGGCGGUCCCCUCAUGUGCCGGGAGAAGGGAGCCAACUUCUACUGGGUUGUGGGGCUGACGAGCUGGGGCCGCGGCUGCGCCAGGGCCAAGAGACCGGGGAUCUACACCUCGACGCAGCACUUCCAUGAGUGGAUCCUCCACCAGCUGGGGAGGUUCUGCUCCAUGGGAGCACCCACGACGCCCCCGACGUGGAGCCACCAGCACGUCUCCCAUACCCCCGUCCAGGAGACGAUGCCGGCGCCCACGGGCUCGAGCAUCAGUGGCUUCUGCUGCCUCCCAGUCCGGGUGCUGCUGGAAUUCAUCACUGGGGUGAAGGAGCUGCUGCAGGCUCUAAGCGGGGAGAAGAUUUGA